GUUUGCAUGUGAUUGGUUAAAUCGUUGUCGAGGACCGAAACUUCCUGGGUGGGAGCUAAACUGCCGUAAACACGCAGUUUAAAACGGAAAACGUCAACGUAAUAAUUACGCAAACUGUUUCCUAACAGUGGACUUCCAAGCUUUUUUUUAACUCCAUGUAAAAUAGUGUUUUCGACGAACCCUGACUCUCGGUUCGCGCACUUAAGCUAACGUUAGCUUAGCUGGCUAAUGGCUACUCUUGCCUUCAAGUGACUGACAGCAGCUUUAUAUGAGGGGCACAACAAGAAGAAGUAGUUUCUGGGAAUGCCGAGCCGGGGACGUUGACGUGACUUCACAUCGGGCACGACGGGUCACCGCGGAGGGAGGUUCGGCAUAAUGGAGGUACCAGCGGAAAGAGCCACCGACCUGAAUGUUUCACACGGGGGGGAAGGCGACCCGGGCUCCCCCGUCCUCUCGCCCAGCAUGUCCAUCGACAAGCUCCUACCGGCCCUCUUGGAGUGCUUCGGGAUCAUUUUAUGUGGCUACAUCGCAGGCAGGGCGAACAUCAUCACGUCCGCGCAGGCCAAGGGACUCGGGAAUUUUGUGUCAAAGUUUGCUCUCCCGGCGCUGCUGUUCAAGAACAUGGUGCUGCUGGACUUCGGUGACGUCAUUUGGCCAUUCCUGUGGAGCAUCCUCAUCGCCAAAGCGGCUGUGUUCGUCAUCGUGUGCGCGCUCACGCUGCUAGUGGCCCGUCCCGAGGGCCGCUACAGUAAGGCUGGACUUUACUCAAUAUUUGCCACCCAAAGCAAUGACUUCGCCCUGGGAUAUCCCAUCGUUGAGGCCCUAUACAAGAGCACAUACCCAGAGUACCUCCAGUACAUCUACCUGGUUGCCCCGGUGUCCUUAAUGUUCCUAAAUCCCAUCGGCUUUGCCUUCUGUGAGAUCCAGAAGUGGAAGAAUGGAGCAUAUCGCCAGCAGAGAAAACUCUUCAUUGUGGGACUUGUAGUCCUGCAGGUGCUGAAGAACCCCAUAGUGUUCAUGGUGGUCAUCGGCAUCAUCGCCCAUUUUGCCCUGCACCAGACAAUUCCUCCCUUCAUGGCUGAAUUUGUGGAUGGCUUGGCCAACUCUUUUGGAGGAGCAGCUCUGUUCUACUUGGGUCUGUCCAUGGUGGGACAGUUGGGGAAAUUGACCCGAUCCACAGUCGUGACACUGAUAUUACUCACAACAGCCAAACUGUUGCUGAUGCCGCUGAUUUGUAAGGAAUUGGUGGAUCUGUUGGACAAAAGCAACACCAGUGCUUUGAACCACUCAAGUCUGUCCAAUUAUGCGUUUCUUUACGGAGUGUUCCCCACUGCACCAAGUGUGGCCAUCUAUGCAGUCUAUUAUAACGCGGAGCUAGAAGUUGUAACCUCUGGGAUGGUGAUCAGCACUUUUCUCUCCGCUCCAAUAAUGUACGUUUCUGCCUGGUUACUCACGAUGCGUUGGAUGGACCCUCAGCUUCUGAUGAAUUCGCUGCAGACUGUCAGCUUUAACAUAAGCAUUGUUUCCUUGAUUGCACUGGUGUGGACAAUUGUUGUCAUGUUUUUAAGCAAGAAAUUCAAGAGGCUACCUCAUAUGUUUACAGUCCACCUUUUCCUGGCUCAGUUUCUAACGUGCAUUGGGAUGAUCCUGUGGAACUUUGUGGUGAAAGAAGACAACUUCGUCGGACAAGUCCUGACAUUCACGUUAUUAUGUAUUUCACUCUAUAGCACCUUCCUGUGGCCAGGUUUAAUAGCUCUUUCUCUUGUGCUCAUAAAGAGGUUUGAGGAUUUGAAAGUUUCACCAGGCGUGUUUGUCAUUGCUGGCUGGGGGGUUCCAGCCUCAGUAACUGCUUUGCUGCUCAUUUCCGGGGGGAGAAUUUCCGACACGAUAGACUCUGCAUUCUUUUACGGCAAACCACAGAUCAUCUGCACUACCGUUGUAGUUGCCCUCAGUUUACUGCUGGGUGGGAGCUCUCUUGUGUGUCUCAGUAGAGGAAGCUGGGCCAAUGGGGACCAAAGCCAAGAGGGAAACUCUGCAGAGGAUCUAGUGACUGAGAUUGAACCAGAAGACCAGACUGGGAUUGAGCCAUUUGCCCCAUCAGCAGAUGUCAACACAGCGUGCCUCAUAUGUGACUGUGCACCACCCCCGCCCAUGCCCGACAUGAUCACCAGCACAAACACAAACCACCCUCCGACCACACUAGCAGGUCAAUGUGAGAACAGCUGUGAGUCCUCAAACUGCCUGCUUGUCCAAGCGGAGGAGCUUAAACAGGUUGCCGACAGACAAGUGGCCCGUCAUGUGCUCUUAUGUCUGCUUCUGACUGUCAGCCUGCUUGCUAACCUGUCCAGCUGCUUGUGGCUGCUGCUGAACGACCAGCCCGGUAGACUCUACUUGGAGCUUCUGUUCUUUUGCGCUGUGGCCAACUACGGGCAGGGUCUUCUCUCCUUUGCUCUGUUCGGGUUGGACAAGCACUUGAUUCUUCUACCAUUCAAGAAGAGGUGUUACCGUCUGUGGUAUGGAAAGAAGCAAGACGAGCAGCUGCAGAGUGAAAUGCCUGAAGAAAUCAGGAUGACGUGCACACAGUUCACCAAAUACCACAAGGACCAGUGUUCUCAAGACAUUGUCAAAAGGAGAAGGUGUGGAAAGAGGACCGUGGCCGACUGUUUUCUCGGCUGUGAGCUUGUGGAGUGGCUCCAGCGGGUGGGCUUGGCUCAGGACCUUGGCGAGGCGGUACUGUACGGGACACAGCUACAGCAGGGUGGUGUGCUCCAGCACAUCAAGCAGGAACACGACUUCCAAGACAGCCGCCUUCAUUACCGCUUCAUCGCCUAAGACACAGGCUGCCUUUCUGUUUUUAGCAAAUUUAGCAAAAUUGAACGGAGAUUCAAAAAAACAUAUCCGCACCCUGAAAAAUGUUGCAGCACUUAGAAAAUCCUGCACAGUAAAAGUGCUGCAGUGCAACACUCCUGAUUUCUGAUGCAUUGUGUGGAGUUGAUCUUGAAGGGAAUUUUCAAUUAUGAUUUUUGCCAUUUUUACAUUUAACUUUUCAUUCAAUACAAUAAUAGCUGAUAUAUUGUGUUGCAGUAACAUUGGUACAACAGUCAAUCAGGGCAGGAAGUGUCAGAUGAUUGAACAUGUACACAUAAUCCCAUUUAUCCUUAUCAUAACCAAAUCACAUAAAUGUGGCUACCUGAAAUUGCCAUUUUAACCCCUCAAUGGUUGGCACAUGUACUACACAGCUACCACUACGGUACCGUGGAGUAGAUUAUAGUCAGAGAGUCAGUCUCGAAAUGCACGUCUGCAACAGACGGUUUCAUGGCGGCCAGUUUCUUCACAUGUCAAACUGUCUCCAUGUUCUUCGUCCUGUCUGACGCAGUUGUAGUUAAGUAACUGCAUCCUUUAAUCUGCUAUAAAGUUGGAUAUUUUCAUAGCUGAAUAUGACUGACACCCCAAACAAUCAAGUUUUGCGCCAGUAUUAAAGAGCAGAUUUCUGUACAUGCACUUCAAUAUCUAAUUUUUUUUAUUUUUAUUUGUGUCAUUUGGGGAGCAACUAUGCACAAAUAGCUUUUGCCGUAAAGCAAAUUCUUGGUACAAGCAAAAAUACCACUCUCCUACAGAAUGUAAUAUUCCCUCUAGUGGGACAGAGUGUAUUAUCACUCAAGUAAAGCACUUUCCAAAAAUGAAAAAAAGGGACAAAGUGGUUAAAUUUGCCUCUAUUUUUCUGUUGUUUUUUUUUCAGCCAGUCCAUGAUUAAGUUAGUUGUCUAACUGGCAUGAAGCACGAGGAAUGUAGCUUUGAAGGCCUGCUGUUACAACACGUCUGUUAAACAAAGGGAACUGCCACUUGAAAAAUUAAAAGUUAUUAUUAAUAAAUGCUAACAGAGUAAA